CAACUGGCUCCUUCCCUCCCAACUCCUCACUUCAUAGCGCCGCGCACUAAAAACAUCGGACGCUAGGGGAUCAAGACGCAUGCCACAUUACCUCUAUGUGGGCACUUUAACAGAUCUUUCGGGGGGUUUUUUUCUCAGUAAGGGGGCUGUUGAGGGAGGCCUUUUUUACUUUCACUGUUUGAUGACUGUUUGCACAGCUGAUAAUUGAGUUGAUUGUUUAUAUUUUAGCCGUUGUUAUCCACCGCCUUGUGCGCCCCUUUUUCCCUACUGCUUUUUUUGUGGGGGGGGAUCGGUGAACUGUACUGCGCUCACCAAUGUCCUAUCCUCAGGGUUACCUCUACCAGCCCCCAGGCUCUCUGGCUCUUUAUUCGUGUCCGGCUUACGGGGCUUCGGCUCUGGCUGCUCCGCGGAAUGAGGACUUGGCGAGAUCGUCCUCUGGCUCAGCCUUCAGCCCGUAUCCAGGCUCGGCCGCUUUCUCCGCCUCGGCUGGUGCGGGGUUCUCCAGCCCACUGUCAUACUCCACAGAUCCUGCGACGGGAUUCCCAUCCUACAUGUCUUCUCCGUAUGACGCGCACACAGCGGGCAUGGCCGGGGCGCUCAGUUACCAUCCAUACGGGAGUCCGGGGUAUCCCUACCAACUAAACGACCCGGCUUACCGCAAGAACGCCACCAGGGACGCCACGGCCACUUUGAAGGCCUGGCUACAGGAACACAGGAAGAACCCGUACCCGACUAAGGGAGAGAAGAUCAUGCUGGCCAUCAUCACUAAGAUGACCCUGACACAGGUCUCCACCUGGUUCGCGAAUGCCAGAAGGAGACUGAAAAAGGAAAACAAGAUGACCUGGGCGCCCCGUAGCAAGAGCGAGGACGAGGACGAAGAGGACGGAGACGGAGAGAGGAAGGAGGCGGAGCGCUCUGACAAAACCCUGGAUAACAGCGAGGCUUCGGCAGAGGACGAAGGCAUCAGUUUGCACGUCGACACCCUGACGGACCACUCGUGUUCUGCGGAGUCUGACGGGGAAAAGGUCGGCUGCGCUUCCGAGCUCAGCUCCGAUGUGGACAAGUGUAACGUGGACAGCGUGGAUCAGAGCCGCGACCGUCGCGAAGGUCUCUCUCCCAAACCCGUCACCUCGUCGCCGCUGACGGGCGUGGAAGCUCCGGUUCUCACCCAUCACCAUCAUCAGCACCACCACCUCCAUCACCUUCACCACCUCCACAGCCAGCGGGAGGAUUUGACUCGCAGCCUCAUGAACUGUAACGCCAGUAAGUUGUCUUCCUGCCUGGACAACAGGCCCAAUUCGUCCGGGGCGCCUCAGAAUCUUUCAGCAAAACCCAAACUGUGGUCUCUGGCCGAGAUUGCUACCUCGGACCAAAAGCAGCAGCAUCAGCAACAGGGGCAGCCGGAACAACCGAGCUGCCCCUCCUCCAACAGCGGACUCCUUACUCCCCCGACGCCCUCCGCUACUACACCGGCUGCCAGCUCCCCUUCACUUUACCCGACCCCCUCCAUCCUCGGAAGACCUAUUUAUUACACUUCCCCGUUUUAUAGCAAUUAUACAAACUACGGCAACUUUAGCCCCCUGCAGGGGCAAGGGAUCUUGCGGUACACCAACUCCGCUGGAGUGAGUUUGGCAGCCGCCGCGGCCGCCGCAGCGGCUGCAAACGAGGGUCUGAGCGCCUCUCUAAGGGCUUCAGAGGCUGGCGCGGAAAACAAACUCAAGCCAGACUCCCCCCCGUUCAAAAAUAACUCAAACCAGAUUGCUGCAGUCGAGCAGCAGCAUUUCAGAGCCACAAAUAUAGAAGCAAAGAAAGGUACGUAAUGUGGAGAACUCUAAAAUAAAAAAAAACUCAAGAUCUUUUUUUUUCUUUUUAUUAUUAUUAUAAUCUUGAAAUUGUAUUUCACAUGAACAGUGGUUCAAACAUGCAAUUGUUUAAAUGUUUUCAAUGCAAAACAACUGUUCUGCUUUUGCUCACUUUCGUUUUCUCGUUACUUUCUUGUAGGGAGAGUUUGCCUUGCAUUAAAAAACAAAAAAUCGGAAAGUUGGAGGUUUGAUUCUGGAGUAAGAAUAAGCGACACUUAACCACAUUCAUAUACUUUUGUUAUUUUUAAGAGACUCGUGGUCUCAAGAGAAAAUGAUAACAUAUUUUUAAGGAAAAAAACAUCCAGCAGCCUCGUCUCUUAAUAAUUUCAGUUUAUUAUUCACAUUUAGAAUUUUACUCAUUAAAAAAAAAAGAUAUCUAUUUCUCAGAGGAAUAAGACAACAAGCUUGGCUUCGAAAAGUAACAAGAUCAUUUAGCACAAAAUUAACGUGCGAAAUGAAGCAUCCACAGUAUAUUAGUAAAGGAUAGGCCUCAAAAAAGCCCAACCACACACACAUACCCAGACUCACACCCACAGAAACGCUCAUAAGCGUAUGUUUUGAAUCCAAUAAGCAGAGAAAUGUUGCCAUAGCUUUGAGCAGGAAUUCUAUUUUUAUUGUUUCCUUUGUGUGUGUGUGGGUGUGUGUGUGAGGGGGCACAGAGAGAGUGUGGUGUGUGCACAGUGGGCUUCAAACCUUAUCUUUCAGCUUAGGAUAAUUAUAAUUACACAGGGUCAGCCAAAUGCAAACAAAUUAGCUUGCUCUGCACAGUCUUAGUCCAACUUCAACAAGUCUUUAAAUGUCACUUUCACAGAUAAACCCAACUGUUAGAAUUUAGCCAAUAAAAUUGGUGCAAAAGGAUGAAUUUUAUUUAUGAGGACUUGCUUUGUUAAUGAGUAGCAAUUUCAGUUUAACAGCUUAAAAAUUACUACAACAAAAAGAAGAAAUUUCCAACAAUUAAAAAGAAUAAAUAAAUAUUAAAUUAAUUUUGAACUACAUCUAACCUUUUUUUCAUAUUGUGUGGCUUCCAUUUAUCAAUUUAAUUGAAGAAGACAAAAAUCAUUAAACUUUUUAAAUCUACUCUAACAUGAUGAAAUGUAACUUUGUCCCUGACAGCCACAGAUGUGCUGGUUAUUGGCAACAACUACCUCAGGGUUAGGAAGCUCAGAUUGUUUGCAAAUUUAACUUUAGCAUUAGUGUUGUUAAACUUAAAGCUGGAUGUAAACAAACUAC